CCACAAUCGACGCCCGGGAAUCGGACGUGAGAAGGGAGAAAAGUCCGGGAAAAUCAGAGGAAAAUCCAGGAGGAAAACAGAGGGGAUUCCCCCUCGACAUCACAAGGACAUGCCUUGGCAAGGACCUCGACUGCUGUGGCUGAACUGCCGACGGAACUGGCGAAGAUGCGGAACUGGGAGCCCAAGAAUCCAGCUCUCGGUUGCUUGGAGUCGUUAUCAAAGGAUCCCUUAAUUCUGAAAUUUUUUGAACGGCCGAGGGAGUAGUUCUUAUCGCUACUCCCUGCUAUUAUAUCUCUCAAUGAACCUAAAGAAUAUCAUAGCAACAUCAUAUCAAUCCAUAUCGAUCUAGACCCUAUGGUUAGCAAAUUGUUUUUAUUGUGGUAUUAUUUUGAAAUUUCAAUGGAAAUUAAAUGU